GUACAGUACAGAUCACACAGCCGGAGUGGAGCGUGCUAGCUGGGCCGCCGCGGCGUCACAGACAGCGGAGAGACAACAGAGCCGAGUCUUGCCGGUACUCAAUGCACUUCCUCCUCCUCCUAGCCAUGAAGAAACAGAACAUUCGGACGCUCUCGCUCAUGAUAGCCUCCUUCAUGUACCUCCUGGUCGGCGCCGCGGUCUUCGACGCGCUGGAGUCGGAGUCCGAGGAGAAGCAGCGCCGCCUGCUGCGGGAGCGAGAGAGCAAGCUGCGGGCGCUGUACAACAUCUCCCGCGAGGACUUUCUCGAGAUCGAGACGGUGGUUCUCAGGUCGGUCCCGUACAAGGCCGGCAAGCAGUGGCAGUUCACCGGAGCCUUCUACUUCGCUACCACGGUGAUCACCACUAUCGGAUACGGUCACGCAGCGCCCAUCACCAUCGGUGGGAAGGCCUUCUGUAUGUUCUACGCGCUCCUCGGCAUCCCUAUCGGCAUCGUGAUGUUCCAGUCCGUCGGUGAGCGGGUCAACACCCUGGUGGCCUACAUCCUGAAGAAGUUCAAGAAAUGCUGCCUGAGACAGAAGCGACCGGAGGUGUCUUACAGCAACUUGGUCACCGUGGGCUUCAUCAGCUGCACGGUCAUCCUCACCAGCGGAGCUGCUGCCUUCCAGUUCUUUGAAGGAUGGGGAUUCUACGACAGCUUCUACUAUUGCUUUAUCACCCUCACCACCAUCGGGUUCGGCGACUUCGUGGCCCUCCAGCAGAACAAGGCGUUAGAGAAUAAGCCCGGAUACGUGAUUUUUAGCCUGCUGUUCAUCUUCAUCGGCCUGACGGUGGUGUCGGCGUCCAUGAACCUGCUGGUGCUGAGAUUCCUGACCAUGAACACCGAGGACGAGAAGCGAGACGAGCUGGAGGCCGCGCAGAGAAGAUCGAAGGAGAACAUCAACGCGGUGUCACACGAGAGGAUCGAGAUCAUCACAGACGGGCAGAUUCCUCACUCGGACACCAGGAUGGAGCUGCUUUCAGGGAACGACCUAUACAGAGCACACGACUCUUCCCUCGCGGAUAUUUCAGACUUGGUGUCUCUGUGCGCGUGCAGAUGUUGUCCCUGCUUCUCCCACGGACACUGCCGUCCCACGUACAGUUCCAGCAUCCAGGAGAGCCAGAUGUUCGACAUGAAGCUCGUGGACUCCUCCAACCAUAACCAGAACCACACCAUGAACCACAACCACAAUCACGUCGUCGGACUCGAAAGAUGGUCCAGGAAACGGGCAUCCGUAUGAAGAAACAUGACAAUAUUUGUCAAACAUUUUGAAACAAGACUGUUGCUUCAAAGUUAAUUCAAGAGGCAUAGAUUACAACUCAACCAUAGAGAAUUGAUAUAUAAAUCAAUAUGCACCAAAUAUUGAUAUAUUGAUCAAGCGAGCGAUGACAAUCGACGAACGAUCAAGAACAAAAACAGCUGCUCUAAAUGUUCUAUUUCUCUUGCCCUUAAAACAGAACAUUACGCAAUUGAAUUGCAUUAUGGCCAACAAAGAUAG